UCCCCUUUGUCCUCCUGCAGUUGAGCCUGAGCGGGAGUCCAGGCAGAGCGGCAGGGACACUGCGCCCAGGCUGUCAGGGGUGCAGGGCGGCAGGACAAACAGGAGUGGUCAGUGCACGAGCAGCAGCUGCAGAGAGCCUGGGAGAGGUCAUGGCCAGGACGCUGGAGGGCCCAGUGCCGGAGGAGCCGGAGCUGGAUUGGGGCUCCGAGGCGCCGUGCGCGGGGUCCUGCCACGCACAGCGCAUCCUGCACACCCUGAAUGCGUAUCGGCGGAGCGGCACCCUCACCGACGUGGUGCUACGUGCCGGCGGCCGCGACUUCCCAUGCCACCGCGCAGCGCUUAGCGCGGGCAGCACCUACUUCCGCAGCCUGUUCGCGGCUGGGCAGCCAGAGCGUGGCCUGGCUAUGGUGCCCGUGGUACCCGAGGCGCCGGGCCCCGCCGGAACAGCGGUGGCGACGGCGCUGGCCGUGGUGCUCGACUACCUGUACGGAGCGGGCGUGCGGCUGCGCGCGGAGGACGAAGCGGCUGCGGUGCUGGCCCUGGCCGAGCGACUGGGCGUGGCAGGCCUGCGCGAGGCCUGCGCGCGCUUCCUCGAAGGUCGCCUGCGCGCCGCUAACAGCCUGGCGCUGCGUCGCGUGGCCGCUGCCUUCUCCCUCGCCUCUCUGGCCGAGCGUUGCGGCCGCGUGCUGCGCCAGGCCUUCGCCGAGGUGGCGCGCCACGCCGACUUCUUGGAGCUGACGCCCGACGAGGUGGCAGCGCUUCUGGCCGACCCAGCGCUGGGCGUGGCGCACGAGGAGGCCGUGUUCGAAGCGGCCAUGCGCUGGGUGCGUCACGACCCGCCAGCCCGCCGCGGACAGCUAAGGCGCCUGCUGGAGCACGUGCGCCUGCCCUUGCUGGCGCCCGCCUAUUUCCUGGAGAAGGUAGAGGCUGACGAGUUGUUGCAGGCCUGCGGUGAGUGCCGCCCGCUGCUGCUAGAGGCCCGUGCCUGCUUCAUCCUGGGCCGCGAGACCGGCACACUGCGGGCCCGGCCGCGCAGAUUCAUGGACCUAGCUGAAGUGAUCGUGGUCAUCGGCGGUUGCGAUCGCAAGGGGCUCCUUAAGCUGCCGUUCGCCGACGCCUACCAUCCCGACAGCCGGCGCUGGACCCCACUGCCCAGCGUGCCCGGCUUCGCGCGCUCAGAGUUCGCGACCUGCACUCUCCGCAAUGACAUCUAUGUCUCUGGAGGCCACAUCAACAGCCGUGAUGUGUGGAUGUUUAGCUCCCAUCUGCACACUUGGAUCAAGGUGGCCUCGCUGCACAAGGGCAGGUGGAGGCACAAGAUGGCGGUCGUGCAGGGGCAGCUGUUCGUGGUGGGCGGCUUCGACGGCCUGCGGCGCCUGUGCAGCGUAGAGCGCUAUGACCCCUUCUCCAACACCUGGGCUGCUGCGGCCCCGCUCCUAGAGGCAGUGAGCUCAGCUGCUGUGGCACCCUGCGCCGGCCGGCUCUACGUGAUGGGGGGCGCCGGGCGGGACGGCGUCAACACCAACAAGGUGCAGUGCUUUGACCCCAAGGAGGACCAGUGGAGCCUGCGGUCACCAGCGCCCUUCUCGCAGCGGUGUCUCGAGGCUGUCGCCCUGGAGGAUACCAUCUAUGUGGUUGGGGGCCUCAUGAGCAAAAUCUUCACCUACAACCCUGGGAUGGAUGUCUGGGGGGAGGCAGCUGUCCUCCCCAGCCCUGUGGAGAGCUGUGGCGUGACUGUGUGUGAUGGGAAAGUCCACAUCCUUGGCGGGCGGGAUGAUCAUGGGGAAAGCACGGACAGGAUCUUCACCUUUGACCCCAGCAGUGGGCAGGUGGAGGCCCAGCCAUCCCUGCAGCGCUGCACCAGCUCCCAUGGCUGCGUCACCAUCGUCCAGAGCCUGGGCAGGUGACUCAUACUUGAACCAGGAGGUGGGGAGGGGAGGGAGAACUCAGGUUCACCACUGCUCCCCUCAUGGCACCUCGGUGUAAACAGCCUCUUAGCUUACUGCCCCUUUUCUUGUAGAAAUAAAACCUCCUUCAAAGGUUGGGUCUGUGUUCCAGCUCAAGCCUCCUUUGCCUGGAGAAGUAAUG